AUGUUCCUUCCAGAAGACCUCAAACGCUGCCUACAACGUGAAACACAAGCCGAUAUUGAACGGCAGAUACACAAAAUGGACGCCGACAUUGAGGUAGUUACUAAUCUCGGACAUCCUUCAUCACGAGAGGAUGUGGCUUGGGCGUGGUGUGCUGUAAAUACACGGUGCUUGACUCUAUAUACUUACACGACGAAGAGGCAACCAAAACCUGGAUCUCCUACGCUUGCCAUGAUGCCAAUGCUUGAUUUGUUUAAUCACUCACCUCAGGCCGCGGUGGAAGCCGGUCUGGACGAAUCCAAUUCUUAUGUGAUCUGGACGCUCAAGCACAUCCAAGCGAAUCAACAGGUUUUCAUCAACUAUGGCCCGCACGACAAUCCAUUUCUAUUGCGAGAAUAUGGAUUUGUGGCCCCGAAUAAUCCCUACGAUCAUGCCGUAUUGGAUUCAGCCUAUGAUGAGUUCCGUCUAGACAACGAGAAACCAGACAAUCUCGAAACUACAAACUCGUAUCUUGAGGCUGUUGGGUACCGAGGAGACUACACCGUUUCGGUAUCAGCACCAAUAUCGUAUCGGCUCCUGAUGGCGCUCAGACUUCGGUGUGCUCUUUGUUGCACUCAGAUCCCAAAGGAGCAAGUCAACGAGAUUUUCCUGAAAGUCGUAUAUGGUGAAUAUGACUGCAUAUCACCGGAAAAUGAGCGUAUGGCUAUAGGUGCUAUGCGUAGCAUUUUAGUAAUAGAAAAGGAUAGAGUACUCGAGGGGACAUUGAGGUUGCGGCAGGACGAACGUGUUCAAGCUCAACCUGUUAGAUCAAUUCUUGAAACAACAUUGAACUCUUUAGAUUCUAGUAUAACCGAAUGUGUAAAUUAUUUUUCUUAA